CAUAGUAUUGCAUUAUACUUAGCAAUAAAGUUAUUUCCUAUAUUUGCUGGGGGUGACGAAUGAUGAUUAAUAGUAAGAGUACCACCUCCCCAAGAAAUGCUUAGACAAUAUAUCGUAACAGGAUCCAAUCAUAAUCUACAAGAACCAUUUACAAAGCAAAAAAGGUGUUGAAUUACUUUCACGAAAGACAGUACUCAAACAGAACAAAAGUCUACAGAAACAAAGGUUGUCUGUUUUUUUGUCCAUAUCUCAACUUCUGCUACAGUUUUCCACCUAACUUCUCACCAUCCUGCGGCAUUCCCAACGCUUCUGUUCUUAGUUCUCCUGAGAGAUUUGCUGUCUCCUGGCUGCCACUCUUGGAUUCUCCUCCUCCCCAACAAUCCCUCCCCUAUAUAUCAUAAUUCAUCACUACUUCAUCUUUUGCCCACUUGUAUCCUUAGAUUCUUAAUCCUGGGAUUAAACAUCAUGGGAGAAGAAGCAAAAGUUAGUGCCAUUGAGACAUCAUUGGAAAUUGUCCCUGCCCCAGCUGUUUCUGCUGCUGCUGCUGAAAGCCAGGUGAUUCCUGUUGUUGAGGAAAAGAAAGAAGUUCAUCAAAAUCAUCAGAAUGGUGUUCCUGAGGACGCGAAGAAGGGUGAGGCUGCUUCUGAGAUUGAGGACCCGAUAGAGAAAGAAGUUCAUCAUCAUCAGAAAGAUGGCGAGUCCAGCAAGAAGAGUGCCAAAUCGGUACCUGAAACUGAAAAUGAGGCAGCAAUUUCAGAAAACACAACUGAAAAGACUCCACUCAAUCCAAUCAACAGAGAUGCUGCCCUUGCAAGGGUUGAAACAGAGAAAAGAAAUGCUUUGAUCUGCGCAUGGCAAGAAAAUGAGAAGGCUAAAAUAGACAACAAGACUUACAAAAGGCUCGCUUCAAUUGCAUCGUGGGAGAAUACCAAGAAAGUAGCUGUAGAAGCACAGCUCCAGGAGUAUGAGGAGCAACUGCAAAAGAAGAAGGCAGAAUAUGCUGAGAAGAUGCAGAACAAGUUAGCUGAAGUCCACAAGGAGGCAGAGGAGAAGAGGGCAGUGAUUGAAGCAACUAAAGGUGAAGAGUACGUGAAGAUUGAGGAAACUGCUAAAACAUACAGAGCGACUGGGUAUACACCAAGGAAGUUCUUCAGUUGCUUAGGAUGCUAAAGACUGAUCAGGAAUCCACAAACAUACAGACCAGAUGUCUUCUCAGAUUAUUUGUUUCUUUUCCAGUUGUUUGUUUACGGUUUGGCUUGUGUUCAAUAUUUUUUCUAGUUGUUACAUUUGUUUCAUGACACUAUUUGUGCCGAGUGCGUGAGGGCGUGUUUUGUAUGUGCAACCAUCAUUACCUAAGAUCUUAAGUUGAAGAUUUGUUUUAACUUGGUACCAGAUAUGUAACAAAUAAGGUUCUCUUACAGGAAACACUUCUUGGCUUGUCAAUUCCUUUGAGUGAAAGCGUGCCUUACACUA